UGAUUCUGGUAAUAAUGCAAUAAAAAAAAAAAAAAAGAGAGAGAGAAGGUUCUGGAAAAGAAAUUGGUAAAACAAUUCAAGCUCGACUUUGCCUUCUUCCUUCUAUAAAAACACCAUUGGUUUCAUCAUUCUUCUUCAUCCAAUUCCCAAUUUCAACAAAAUCAAUCAGAUCCAACAAGUCUUCUUCUUCAUAAUGGCAAGUAGUACUAUCAAGGUUCACGGAGUUCCCAUGUCCACGGCGACCAUGCGGGUCCUAGCUGCUCUCUACGAGAAGGAUCUCCAAUUCGAGCUGAUCCCCGUCGAUAUGAGAGCCGGUGCUCACAAGCAAGAACCCUUCCUCUCCCUCAACCCCUUCGGACAAAUUCCUGCUCUCCAGGACGGUGAUCUGACGAUUUUCGAGUCGAGAGCCAUCACACAGUACAUAGCAGAGGAAUACAGUGAGAAAGGCGAAAAGCUAUUCUGCCCUGGCUGCAAGGAGGUCAAGGCUGCUACUCUCAUCUGGCUUCAAGUUGAAGGUCAACAGUUUGACCCUAUCGCUUCUAAGCUUGCCUUCGAGCGUGUCUUCAAAGGCAUGUUCGGUAUGACCACUGACCCCGCCGCUGUCCUAGACCUCGAAUCCAAGCUCGCUAAAGUCUUGGAUAUCUACGAGGCCAGGCUCGCCACUUCUCCCUUCGUCGCUUGCGAUUGCUUCACUUUGGCUGAUCUUCACCACCUCCCUGCCAUCCAUUACCUCAUGUCCACCGAAUCCAAGCAGCUCUUCGAGUCUCGCCCUAAAGUUAGCGAGUGGGUCAACAAGAUCACUGCCAGACCUGCUUGGGCUAAGGUCGUUGACCUCCUCAAGCAGUGAGUGAGAGAGACUGACUUUGUGUUUUGCUUUCUUGUCUGUCUUUUGAGUUUUUUCCUUUCUACCCAAAAUAAACGAAUCCUCCAGUGAUUCUCUAUUGAGUUUGUGUUUACGCGCUAUUUGUUAUGUAUCAUCUUCCGUGUUAUCUCGUUUGAUUCACGUAACGUAUGUGCAAAACAAAAUCUUUAUAUUUCGGGGCUA